CGUACGUGCACAUAGCCACACUUUGCCUUCGACUACGAGGACUGUUUCUCAGAUCGCCAUGCAGAGGUGCUUGUUCGUUGCGGCUGUUUUUUGUACUUUAGCAGUCACUGCCUCCGGAACAUGUGAAUGGGCCUACAGUUGUAAUUGGGAGACGCAGUGCUGCCGUAAGGAUGGGGGGACUGGGGAACCCUUCUCAGUGUACUGGUAUCCCGGACUCGCGCUGGACGGGGUAGGACUAGGAGAGUGCGGAGGUCUGGGUAAGGAAGGUGAGACGUGUUUCACCGGGAUGUCCAUCGACUACUGCAACUGUGGCGAGGGGUUGACCUGCCGCCCUGUGGCUGGAAGCGAUGUCGUGAUUGGCUUCCUCACGUAUGCCAAUCACACCUGCCAGCCAGACAACCCAUGAGAGCUGUCGACACAAAAGUUAUGGGCUCCUUCACGCUGCGUUAAUGAUUGAAAAACGUUUGGCACAAACUCGUGUUCAACAGAAGGGUACUGAAAUAAAGGAU